AUGCAGCCACCAGCCAGCUCCAAGCUGAAUGGCCUGCGUGACAACAGGAACCAGAGGUCUGCUGAUCCACUUCUUGCUCGGGAAAGCAUUGGGGAAAUCUGGUUGAAAAAGUUCAGAAGACCCGAGGCUCAGGAUCACUUGGUGGAGCCGAGCUUAGAGAAACUGGAAAGAGACCGAGGGGCGCCGUCCACACUGCCCAGGAGUGAGCAGGUUGCGGAAUCCGCUUCCAGGAUUUUUGGCCUAGGUCUCCACCAUUAUCCUGCACGUCUCCUGGCACCACCGCGACCGCAGUGUCCUAUGUCAACCAACGCGCAUGGAGUAGAAGCUGAGGAGGCCGUUUCUGAACAAUGUGUUUCUGUAGAACAAGUGACAGAAGACAGGAAUCCAAAGCUGGAGCCAUCUAUCCUGAAGCCUCUGUCUUCUGAUACGAGCGUCCUGGUGGAGAAAGAUGUUUUAUACUUGGCUGACAAUAUGUUAACGUGCAGAGAGGUUGAGAAGGCUUUCCUAGGCAGCUUAGGCUUUCCCCAGCACCAGCCCUCCCACGAUGGAGAGCAUCCACGUAGAAGCAGGCAGAGAAGGGAGGUCUCUCACCCUGGGCAAGAACAUCACAAGUGCAGUGAAUGUGGCAAAGCCUUCAGUAAAAAGUUUAAAUUCACAGAGCACCUGAGAGUUCACACUGGAGAAAAACCUUAUGAGUGCAGUGACUGUGGGAAGUUCUUUAGACACAGCUCCAGUCUUAUUCAUCAUCGGAAAGUUCACACAGGAGAAAGGCCUUAUGAGUGCUGUAAUUGUGAGAAAGUCUUUGCCCACAAAUAUAAACUUUUUGAGCACCAGAGAAUCCACACUGGAAAAAGACCAUAUGAGUGUAAUGAAUGUGGGAAAGCCUUCCUUCACAAGGAUUCACUUGUUCAGCACCAAAAAAUCCACACUGGAGAAAAUCCUCAUAAGUGUGGUGAAUGUGGAAAGUGCUUCCUGAACAAAAAUAACCUUCUUGUGCACCAGAGGGUCCACAGUGGAGAAAGGCCUUAUGGGUGUAGCAAAUGUGGAAAGUCCUUUGUCUUCAAAAAAAGGCUUCUUUAUCACCAGCGAAUCCACACUAGAGAAAGGCCUUACAUGUGCAGUGAAUGUGGGAAAGCCUAUGUCUACAAAGGAAGUCUUAUUGUGCAUAAGAGAAUUUACACUUUAGAGAAGGCUUAUGGGUGUAACAAAUGUGGGAAAUUCUUUACAAGCAGUUUUGCCCUCAAUAGACAUGAGAAUGUUCACACUGCACGAAGGCGUUAUGAGUGCAGCGAAUGUGGGAAAGCUCUCAACGGCAAAGCUAAACUUGCUGAGCACCAGAGAAUCCAUACUGGAGAAAGACCCUAUAAGUGUAAUGAACGUGAGAAAGCCUUCAUGCGCAAGUAUACACUUGUUCAGCACCAAAAAGUCCACACUGGAGUAAAGCCUUUUAAAUGCAGUGAAUGUGGGAAGCCCUUCACUUACAAAACAAGUCUUGUUGUCCAUCAGAGAAUCCACACUAGAGAAAGGCCUUAUAUGUGCAGUGAAUGUGGGGAAGUCUUUGUCUACAGAAGAAGUCUUGUUGUCCAUCAGAGAAUCCACACUAGAGAAAAGCCUUAUGAAUGUACUUCUUUGUAG